CCUGAGCCUUCCCCAUUGAUACGGCCGACAGUACCCCAGGUUCGGAGACUUCCAAUAAACCGAUUUCUCGACCCUAAACCCAAUAUCGUAAAACCCAACGAAAAGGCUCCCCCCGCCGACGAUUUCUCAUCCAAGAAGCCUAGACGUCGGCAUGGCCGGCGUUCACUGACUCUACAUUUUCCGGCCGCGGAUCGAGUCGACGCGGGACGGAACGGCGCCACGCCGGACGUGCAGGACAGCCGGAGAACCGAGCCUUCGGCACUUCAACGACCCGCCGGCAUCCUCGGACUUGAGAUUUAUGUUCUGAAGCUGAUAAAAAUAAGAAGUUAUUUACGCCAUGGGCAUCCAAGACCUUCAGGUUUUUCUUGAAGGAAGCCAUAUCGAGGGUUCGUGUGUUGGUGUCGAUCUUGUUAGGAUAGCGAGAUCCCAGGCCGCCAAAUGGCUCGUCAAAAACCCUCAAAAGAAGGGGCAGAACAUCAAAUUCAGCAUCGUAGUUGAUGCUGAAUGCUGCUUGGACCGUCUUUACGGUGGUUACUUUUCUGACUGGGUCUGCGGCGGUCAGUGGAAUCGUGUCACGACCUUCCUUGGCCAGCUUGUCUCAUCGCUCAACCUCGCCAAAAUAGACCUGGCCGUAUUUUUCAACGGCUGCACCGAGCCGCAGAGGACUGAAGAAUGGAUCCAGAAACAGUUUAGAAACCGGCAGAGAAUCAAUCACGUCCUGAGGCAUCUGUCAAUGAAGGGGACCCCGCCGCCGAAAAUAUGGUGGAUCCCGCCUUCCUGCCUCCGCCCAACGCUGAGGAUGGUUCUGAGGAACCUAAACGUACCGGUUGUUGUCACAAUGGAAGAUCACAAACAAGAAGUAAUUGCAUACUGCCGGGAGAACAUGUGUCAUGCGAUCCUUGCAGACGACGCUGAGUACGUCGCCUUCAACCCUCCGAGAUAUUUUUCAGCGAGACAUUUAAAACUUACUUAUAAGGGUACUCUAGAGUCGAAAGAGUAUAUAAUAGCCGAAGUCAUGAAAGGGCUUGAAUUGACGCAGGAACAGCUGUGUGUCCUGGCCGCCCUACUCGGCAACUUCCUCCUUCCUGAAAGUGAGCUGAGUGACCUGUACAAAAAGCUCAAUGUCGAACCCAAGCCGGGCAAAGACGGUACGGUCGCUGACGCCCCAUCUGAGAAGGUGAGGGCUAUUGCGCCCGAGAAGGUGAGAGCUGUCGCCGGUUUUGUACGGUCUCUGUCUUCCACUGACAUAAAUGACCUAGCCACAGAGAUUUUCGGCGUAGUCGGAGGCGAACGGGCGGAAAAGUUCAAACAGGCCGUUCAAUAUUAUCUCGAUGGCACUAAAAACGGCACGUUCAAAUUCCAAAUCAGUGCCAACGGUAAAAAAACUGAAAAGAAAGGUUUAGCUAAACUGAACGAAAAGACUGAAAAUUCUGAACCUGGUAUGGACACAUCAAGGUUGGCAUCCGAAAGCACAGGAAAUGAGCUUGAUGGGUUGAUAACCCUCACGGAGGCUGUGGCAUGCCUUUCCGUUGGGCCUGAGAUAGUCGUCAACGUUUCCAAGACGACUGAGCCUCAUGAACCGACAGCUCAGAUCAACGGCGAAAAGGCUGUAAAUGGAAAUCACAACCUCCUCACAAUGUCAAGUUCGGGAUCGAGCUCGGGUGCAACGUCACCGUACCGCACCGCCGAGAAUGGGGCAAAGCCAAAGAAAACCGUAAGACUGGUAGUUGAAGAGGAAAAGAUAGAGCUGCACCCGGUAGCAGCGGAAAUAAUGCGGACCGUCACCGAACGCCACACCAAAGGACUCAUGUCGCCCUUUAUUUACCAAAUCCUCACUGAGGGCGAGGUCAAACUCCCAGUCGUUAUGGAGGACGAGAACCACAAGGACAUACCGAGCGUACAGCUGUUCUAUAGGCCGCUCCGUAUGAUGGUUUACGCAAUACUUUUCAACCUCCACCAUCUACAGUACAUACACAAGAACAACAAGGCACAGGGUACCGAUUCAAAACCGCCUGAGGUCAAGGUCAAAGAAUGGAUAUGGAGCAGGUCGAACCCGUAUGAGAAGCCGGAGAUAGUGAAAGCCGAGCCUCUCGGUUGGGGCGUGCCAACAGUUCAACGACUGUGGUUCGGAACGACAGUCGAUGAUAAAAGAAGAAGACUGAGAGCUUAUUUGACGUGCAUGAGAUCGGACACGCAGCUCAUGCUCGAUCCUACUUACGUGCCACAGCAGUUGUUGAUCCUAGCGACAGUACUUAGGUAUAUAAUGUCAAAUCCUGAAAUGAGGAUGCUGAAGAAACAGGAACUCGAUGCGAUCAUAUCCAUGGCGAUGGACCCUCACCUCAACAACUCCGAGUUCAACCAGGAACUCCAGGUGAACUGCGUUUCAACGAGGGGGAUACAAAUCGGCGCGCUUAUCAUGACCGGAAUUGAGUACGCUCUGCUUGUAAACGACACAUGCGGGGCGCCGAUACCAUGGGUCAUGACGUGCCCUUGGCUUUAUUUCGACGGAAAGCUACUCCAUGCCAUGCUGGCGAGGUCCGAAACAGCCAACAACCUUCCAGAACUGUGCAAUUACAGGACGAUACAAGUCGGUAAAGUCGAACGUAUGCGAGAGGCCAUACUCGACGGCCUUUAUAUCCAGUGGGCACAGCCAAUGUACAUCCCGGCACUCGCAGCAGACUCUUCUAGAGUGCAUUCUGUCAUGCCGGCUGGCCUCGCCUCGAAGGGCUCGACUUUCACAAGGGGCGCAGGUGCUCUGUCGUCAGUACGAGGUCGUGGAAUGACAACGGGCGGCCGACUGGAAAUCGCGGGUGUCGUCGUUGGCAACUGGGGGCCCAACUGUCGCUUCCACCAUCAAAACCUAAUGGUUCCGCAGACUCAGGUGACGUCAAUUGGGAACGUUGGAUAUAAUGGGGGUUCUGCAAUUAGGGGUGGGAAAAACCCGACGUACACGACUAGAGGGGGCAGCGCCCUCGCACAAUGCGGGAAGGGGCGAGUCCCUGGGAAAGUCAUUGUGAACGGGAAAAAGAAAAAUGCCAUCGUAAGCAAGAAAGACGGGAGGAAGACACGCGGCCGAGGGAUGAUGACCAUCGUCUCGCCUAUUAAUGGUAAAGUUGUAAAUGCGUCAGUUUUUAUUGAUCAAGAUUAUACCGAGUUCGAAGAGAAAAAGCGCAUCCUCAUCAAUAACGAACCAAAGAAGCAAACCACAAAUGCAAACGAGUCUGUGAUCCGUACCAAUGGGGACAACGCCCAGUCGAAUCAAUUUGCCUCCGCUCCGGUCGCAUCAGGAGGCUCGUGCGGUGCCAAAGGCAGCGGGAAGGACGUCCUAACGCCGGCGCAGCUCAACGACAACUGAACUAAGGUUUAAAG